GUUUUUGUGGUCAUUUAGUGGUCAUUUAUUUAGUUCUAAUUUCUUGGUGUUUUUUACGUUUGAUCUGCUUUUAUCGUCAUUGUUUAUUUAAUUCUUCAUAAAAACAAUGAAAGAAUCUCGCGAUAAAGACAAACGCAGCAAAAAAAGUAAACGUAAAGAAAAGAGAAAACGUUAUAGCAGUUCAAGUUCAUCUACCUCAGAAUCCGAUCAAUGGGUCGAAAAAGAACAAGUAGAAAAGCCAGUUGCGGAACGGGAUGACUGGAUGUCGAUGACGGGUAUGUUAAAAACUUACACAAAAGAUGAUAUUAAACCAAAACAGGAAGAAAACAAGAAACAUAUAGAUUCAUACAAUCCGUCGACUAGUGUUAGGGAGUUGAAUCCUUAUUGGAAAAAUGGAGGUACAGGUUUGCCACAGACAUCGGCUGAACUUCGCAAGUCACGGCAGUUCUUAAAGCCAGAUGACACAGAAGAUUAUUACAGAAAGUCCUCUUCAUCCAAAGAGUAUGAGAAAUCGGGUAUACGCGACAAAUCAUAUAAGAAACAAGACGAAUAUCAUAGGAAAGACAGAGAAGCACCUAGACGCAACUGGAAGAUACGAUCUGAAGAAAAAUCAGUUGUAAAAGAUCGGUCACCGUCACCACAACCCACAAAAGUAAAACAUUUGUCACCUCCAGCGCAAGAAAAUUACCGAAAAAUUGAAAUAACGGAGAACCUAUAUAUGAGUGAUGAAAAAUUGAACAAAUUAGCCGCUAAGGUUGUUAAAGCUGAAAUAUUAGGAGACACUGAACAGGUUGCGAAACUAAAAGCAAAACUAGAAGCGGCAAGAGAGUACCGUAAGCAAAAUCCGAACGCUGGUAAGGAAGAUGACGAUGGUGUUAUGCUGAUGUCAACGACAAGCUCAGGCAGCAGUAGGCCUUUAGCGAACACUGCUAAAGGUGAUUCUAGAAGUAAGGGUGGUAAACGUAAAGCUGAAACUUACACUUUGGGUGAAAGAACCAAGUACUUUGGUAAUGAUGAUAAGUACAAUUUAGCUCAAAUGUUUGAACAAGAGAAAUAUGGCAAUAAUUAUGAUAAUGACGCACAGUUAGCAAGAGUGGCUGGUAGUCACAAAAAUCCUAACGACGAUUUAGAAGAUAUAUUUCUGGAUGACAUUUCUAAGAAUAGAAAUGUAGCUAAAGACAGAGAUGUCGAGAAGCAAAGAGCUAUCAAGCAGCAUGUCAAGUUGGAGAGGUCUCUGGAGGGAUGUGAAUAUUGUGUAGACUCGAAGAAUAUGCUGAAACAUCUGAUGGUCAGCUGUGGAAGUAAAGUGUAUGUCGCGGUGCCGUCUAAACAGUCACUGGUUAGAGGGCAGUGUGUAAUAAGUACAAUACAGCAUAAUACUUGUGUGACAGCGUUAGACGAGGACGUUUGGGAAGAGAUUAUGACUUACAGGAGAGCUUUAACACAAUUCUAUAAUUCACAAAGUCAAGAUGUGGUCUUCUUCGAGUUGGCCACCAAGUUGCAUCGCUUUCCACACAUGGUGAUCAACUGUGUACCAGUUCCACGUGACGUGGGAGAUAUGGCCUCGAUAUAUUUUAAAAAAGCUUUACUGGAAUGUGAAACGGAGUGGUCUAUGAAUAAAAAAGUAGUGGAAUUAAAAGGGAAGGACAUCAGGAAAGGUAUACCGAAGGGUUUGCCUUACUUCUGGGUGGAUUUCGGUAUGGAUCCAGGCUUUGCGCAUGUUAUAGAGGACCAGCAGCUGUUUCCUAGGAAUUUUGGAGAGGAGAUCAUCGGUGGAAUGCUAGAUCUCGACCAUCACUUAUGGAAAAAUCCAAGGAAAGAGUACGGCGAUUUGCAAAGGAAGAAAGUGUUAGAUUUCAUUAAAGAAUGGAAGCCGUUCGAUCCUAAUAAAAAAAUAAAUAUAUAGAAGUAUUAUAG